UUUGCUUGUGAUGCCCAAGGAGACUCCUUUUCUGCCCGAACAUACAAAAGGAGCUGAGGGCGGAAAAACAAUGUCGCAAAUAUUUGAUGACAAGUCCCAGUAUUGUAUUCCCUUCCUGCUGGGGAGAUUGGAACUCCACCGUGCCCGAUAUGCAAGUGACCCCAAUCCGCCCCCGUUCUUUCUGGGGUUGAAUGGCGUCCAGGGAGCAGGGAAGACAGUGCUGGUGACAACCCUCCGCUCCACCCUUUCCGCUCCGCCAUACAACCUUCCCACCAUAGCUUUCUCCCUCGAUGAUAUUUACCUCACCCAUGAAAGCCAACUCCGUCUUGCGGCUUCUCACCCCAACAAUCCUCUCCUCCAACAUCGCGGUCAGCCUUCCACUCAUGACAUCUCGCUUGGCAAGCAAGUAUUUGACUCUCUAAGGAAGGGAUUGCCGACGAAAAUCCCAACCUAUGAUAAAUCUGCUUUCAAAGGCCAGGGUGAUCGACUGCCAGAAGAUCGUUGGGAAGUAGUUAAUGAUGUUGAGAACGGCGGGCGAAAAGCGAAAGUGGUGAUUUUCGAGGGUUGGUGUCUGGGGUUUCGAGCGCGGCUACCAGAUGACAUACGCACCGCUUGGGAAAAUGCUGUUCAACAGAAAGCGACCGGUACCUAUGAUGGCCAAUUAGCCAACGUCAAGCUAGAGGAUGUGUUAGCGGUGAAUGAGGCGCUGAAGGGAUACGAUGCGUUCACAGACCAACUUGACGCAUUCAUACAUAUCGACGCCGAAGACACCCACUACGUCUACGAUUGGCGUCAAGAGCAAGAACGCACGCUCCUAGCCACAAAAGGUACCGGCAUGACCCCAGAUCAAGUCACACAAUUUGUCAAUGGCUACUACCCUUCCUACGAGCUUUUCACACCAGCUCUUCGAAACGGAGUAUUCAACCCUGCUGGGCGUGCCUUGUGUCCUGGAAACGAACAUUCUGCGCUAUCAUGGAAGGGAAAACAACUCCGACUCAUCGUUGACCGCCAGCGGAGAGUGUCUAAAGCUAUUACGAUAUGAGUUCAUCCACUCUAUCCUAUAUUCAAUGUUUCAUGGUGGAUCGAGUGUAUCAUUCCUCGUCCCCGAGAUAGAGUCAUAAAAUAUGACAGUAUAUACAUCGUACAACCAUGACUGAGUAGAAUUGUACAUGACAUUAGCGGGAUUAUUUUGGCUCAAGUUAGUUCCCGCGAACAUAAUACUGGAACCAAAAUCUAAAGUCCAGGAGAGCAGCGCGCCUUGAAGAAAUAGUACUUACAAUAUCGGUAGACCGCAACCUCCAGCGCUGGCAAAAAGCUAUUUCAGUUGUAUUUGGCGACAGAACGGGG